UCCGGUUCAGACAUGACAAGUGCGGCCGAGAGGAGCCCAACUCUGUCGGUAUCUUAAGCGAUAAAACAUACACUUUUCAACAUUCCACCGCCAAGCCGGACGUCUGGACACAAUGCUAUGGUGGAGCUACAUGUGUUACGAAGAGGCUGUGUUUACCCAGGGAGGAGAAGUCUUUCUUUGUACGCUAUUUUGGUCCCUCGGUUAGGGGUGAUGCUCUGCAAGCGGGCUGGAUGAACGUUGAGUAGCCUGACGCGGCUUCGCCACAGGCCGGGACGAGUUUUUGAGCUGAGUCCGGGAGGACCGCGACAACCAAAUGCUCGGAAGUCUCUGUUAGCAAACGGGCUACCUGGACGCAGAGAGCUCUGCCUCAAUAAUUCUUAUUGAGAGGGAGACUCAGUCAGCUUUCACGGUGGAAACGAGAAGGAGAGCCAAGAUGAAUGCCGUGCGGGGGGGCACGGUCACCUGGCGUCCCCAGCCGUGGCAGGACGGAGACGGGGGAGGAGGGGAGCCGCUAUCGGACAGCGACUCCGAGGAAGAGGACUUCCCCGACGACAGCACCACUCCUCUGGGGGACUACAUCACGCAUGGACUGAAGCAACUCCUGGACGCCCAGCAGCUGUGUGAUGUCACUCUGCUUGUGGAGGGGAAGAAAUUCAUGUGUCACAGAGUCCUUUUGGCGGCCGUGAGCCCAUACUUUCGGGCGAUGUUCACCAGCCCUUUGGUGGAAUCCCGCCUCACCGAGAUCCGCCUGGAGGACGUGACGCCGUCUGUAAUGGAGACUGUCAUCCAGUUUGUUUACACCGGUGAAGCGGGGCUCUCACUGGACACUGCUGAGGACCUGUUUGUGGCUGCCAACCGUCUUCAGGUCAUGCCCCUUCAAGACCUGUGCUCCAGGUUUCUAUUUGAGCACCUCUCAGUGGAUAACUGUCUCGGGAUGUACUCUCUGGCCCGGUCGCAUCACGACCAGCUUCUGCUGCGUGCCUCCAUGCGCCUGGUUGCUCAGCACUUUCCCCGAGUGGCUCGGCAGAAAGACUUCCUCCUGCUCGACCACGGCACCCUAGGCAGCCUCCUCAGCUCCGACCGCUUGGGGGUGGACUCUGAGGCGGAAGUGUACGACGCGGCGCGCCGCUGGGCAGAGCAUCAGCCUCUGGACCGCUACGCCCACAUGCCUGCGCUGCUUCACCACCUGCGCCCGGGGCUCCUGUCCUCGGAGGAGAGCCGGAGGCUGAGCCAGGAGCUGGGGCCUGCUGCCGCCAGGGAAAGCCUCGGAGGCCCUCUGCGACCACGAGAAGGAAUGUUUGAGAAGAAGAUCGUCUGCGUGGACCUCACACCUCGGGAGGAUGAGAAUGUAGCUACGCGGGAUUACACAGUGGACUGCUUUGAUCCCCGAACCGGAAAGUGGGAAAAACUGGCGGCGCUCGGUUCGCUUGUCAGUCCCGGCUGCACGGCUGUGGGCGAUAGGCUGUUUGUAGCAGGCGGGAUCCUACGGACGGGCUCGGUUUCCUCAGCCGUGCACGAGUAUGACGCCGUGCUGGACAGGUGGAUAGAGCGGCCGGCUAUGGGCCAGCCGCGUGCUAUGCUAGGCCUGCUGGGUUGCGGAGAGUCUCUCUAUGCCUUGGGGGGCUGUAACCGCUCCGCUCUGCUGGACUCCAGCGAGUCCCUGGAGCUGACCACGCUUCAGUGGGGCCCCGGUCCUCGCCUACCCUUCCCGCUGCGUGCCUUCGCCUGCGCAGCACUACGAGGACGGCUCUACUUGCUGGGCGGAACCACCCUGGAGCAGAACCGGGCUGUCGUCCACUCGGGCGUGCUCAUUUAUCACACCCUGACCGACUGCUGGACGCGAGUGGCGCUAGACUCCGGCGCGACCUGCCUCGCCGGAGGCGUGGCGGUGCGGGGGGGAGUCUGCGCCAUCGGGGGAUACAUGAGGGACACGACCAAGUUCCUAGACGGAAACUACACAAACCUGGAGACUUUAGACGCUACUGGCCGCGUGCUGUUUUUCCGAGAGGGCAGGGGGUCGGGGAUUGAGAGGGAGGUGACGGGGGGAGGGGUGAUGGUCAGUGCAGAGCAGCGGGGGGUUGCAGGUGGCGGGAGUGACAGAGCCCCAAGUCCUGUUCUUUUUCCCGGAUUGCCACGAAGGAUUGCGGCAGGGGGUGUAGCCAGAUGGAAACGGAGGAUUUAUGUGCUCGGUGGAGAAAACGGCUCACGGUUCUACGACAGCGUGUACUGCUGGAAACCCGGCUGGCGCAGCUGGGUCCAGAGGAGGGAAAAACUCCCAGGAGACACUGGGGGAGUGAGCCAGUUUGGGUGUACCACUCUUAAAUUCCCCAAAAAACACAUCCUGUCCAGACUGAGACUUGCUAAAGAAAAUUGCAAAAAGCCCACCGACUAG